AAGCAGUCUCGCCGAUCCUCGCACACCUGCCGGACAAUGUAGAGCGACAUUCCGCGAGACUCUCGCCCUUUCUCGCACACUGCGGCACAAAGUAGGACGAGAUUCUGCGAGACUUCACUCCCGCCAGGGCAGAGGUUACAACGCAUGCGCCUGGCGGUCCGUGAACUUGCUCGAAAAUCCAAGAUGUCGGACGAAGAUGAUUUUAUGGUGGAUGAUGAUGAGCAAGAUUAUGACUUGGUGUAUUCAGAAGACAGUGGCUCGGAGCCAGAUGUUGACCUGGAGAACCAGUAUUACAACUCCAAAGCUUUGAAGGAGGAGGACCCAAAAGCAGCUUUAGAGAGUUUUCAGAAAGUUUUAGAUCUGGAAGAAGAGAAAGGAGAAUGGGGGUUCAAGGCUCUCAAGCAGAUGAUAAAGAUAAACUUCAAACUGGGUAACUAUGAAGAGAUGAUGAAGAGAUACAAGCAGCUGCUCACAUAUAUCAAGACUGCUGUUACCAGGAACUACUCAGAGAAGUCCAUCAACUCCAUUCUAGACUACAUCUCCACAUCCAAAAACAUGGAACUACUGCAGAACUUCUAUGAGACCACGUUGGAAGCCCUGAAGGAUGCUAAGAACGACAGGCUAUGGUUCAAGACCAACACCAAGUUGGGCAAGCUGUACUACGACAGGGAAGAGUUCAACAAGCUGGCCAAGAUCCUGAAACAACUGCAUCAGUCCUGUCAGACAGAUGAGGGUGAGGAUGACCUGAAGAAAGGUACGCAGCUGUUGGAGAUCUAUGCACUGGAGAUCCAGAUGUACACGGCUCAGAAAAACAACAAGAAACUGAAGGCCCUGUACGAGCAGUCCUUGCACAUCAAGUCAGCCAUCCCCCACCCCCUCAUCAUGGGGGUCAUCCGAGAGUGUGGCGGGAAGAUGCAUUUACGAGAAGGAGAGUACGAGAAGGCCCACACAGAUUUCUUUGAGGCUUUCAAAAACUACGAUGAAUCAGGAAGUCCAAGGAGAACUACCUGCCUGAAGUACCUGGUGUUGGCCAACAUGCUGAUGAAGUCAGGAAUCAACCCUUUCGACUCGCAGGAGGCUAAGCCGUACAAGAACGACCCAGAGAUUCUGGCAAUGACAAAUCUAGUUAGUGCCUACCAGAAUAAUGACAUUAAUGAGUUUGAGAAGAUUCUGAAGACAAAUAGGAAGAACAUUAUGGAUGAUCCCUUCAUCAGAGAACAUAUUGAAGAUCUGCUAAGGAACAUAAGAACACAAGUUCUUAUCAAGCUUAUUAAACCCUACACUAGGAUCCAUAUACCAUUCAUUGCUAAGGAGCUCAACAUAGAUGUUAGUGAAGUGGAGAGUUUGCUGGUGUCCUGCAUUUUAGACAGUACAAUUAACGGGCGUAUAGACCAGGUGAAUCAGCUGCUAGAGUUGGACCGCAGUACGCACGGCGCCGCCAGAUACACGGCGCUGGACAGAUGGAGCGAGCAGAUCCAGUCCCUGCAUCAAUCCAUCGCGAACAAAAUGGCAUAGAGACCGCCCCACCCCCACCUAUAGCAGAGUGGACUGUUCCAUCCAUACCCACAGCAAAAAUGUAUCGGUCCUAAAGAUUGUAAAUUCCUCAUUCUCACCUGAAGACUGACACCUUAUUGUUCUGAUCUGUUGUUGCUGCCACUGCAUGGCCAUGACAGCCUGACACAUUCGAUGGGUGGACUUGCUGGGCAGAGGAGAGUUGUGGGUUCUUUGUAGCAUUUUAUCAGCAUCUUCUUAUGUAGAGCACACUUCUCCCUUUCAGUUUUCUUCUGUACUGUAAAAUUAUGUCCACAAGAUUAUCCAUUGUGUCAGUCCCUCCUUACAUGUUAGGUUCUGUGAUUAUGUUGCCCAGGAUGAAGCCCAGGCUUCUCGGUUAGCUCAGCAGAGAGAGGGAAGUUUGUGAUCGAUCCAGGCAGGGGCGAGUGGGUUGUACAUGUACAUGACUGUUCCAAUUCCCAAGUACUUUUCUUUCUUAGCUACUUGUUGUUGUUCUGUAGUGCCUAGUGGCACAUAGGUCUGCAAGUUUCUUUGCUGUUUAUGUAGCAGGGUAUAUUCCUACAGUGAGGGGUUGCCAGCCCCUCUAAGCUAUAUAUGAUGAUUUUGUGCACUGUUCCUCAGAUGAAAGUAAAGACACCCAAAUUUUUAAAUGUAAUCCCCGGCAGACUCUAAGUAGGCACCAUUCUGUAGUGUAUUUGUUGGUUUGGACCUUUCCUCAGUGUUGACAUGACAACCAGGGUUGUUAGUAGGCUGGUGUUCUGCUGUUCUGAAGGGAUGGGACACAAGUUGAAAAUAGAACAGACAGUAAGGAACAAAAUCAAUGGUUCUGUGUACCAGAAUGUUCACAACAGCUGCUCAACCCCAAAGUCAACAUGUUGAUGCAGGACUAUGUUGCUGUAAGGGAAGCACUUCAGGUCUCCUGCUUGUGUCUCAAUAAUGAGAUCAGUUCAGAAGAUGGCCUCAAACUGAUGUACAAGUUUAGUAGAGGUCACGUGGAAACACCCAGACACUUCAGGUUUGCUUCAAAAGUGAAAAAGAAAAAACUGUGUUUGAGAAAUUGUUGUCAUGUGAGCGCUUUUACUGUUAUACCAUUGAACUUGGUACAUCCUACGCUUAUAUAUUGGUGUUUCUUUAAGAAAAAACAGAGAUAUUGUUUAUGACAAGGAUCAUUGUUCCUUUUUCUCCCAUUCUGCAAAAUCGGAACUUAAGUACAAACAAAGGCCAGCAUUAUUUGCAAUCUUCAUUGUUGGGUCAGUAACCAAAGCUGAAUCCUGUUGACUUUUUUGUUUGUUUUUAAAUGCCAGGCUACUACAAAUCCUACGUUUAUGUAAUUCCUUCUUGCUUGACAGAAAAACAUAGUGUGUUUGCCAAAUACGGCAGUUGUGUCUAGAAAAUCUGUUCCAGAUAAAAUUCUGCCAGAGAACGGAUACCAGGUUAUCCCUUAUAGGCCAAAAAGGAAAUGUAAACUUGCCAUGGUUGUAUAGCCUGAGUACCAUCUUCUGUAGUGACCGCUGGCUCAAUCCUUUCGCUUGCUAACCACGUUAGCUUUGAGCCAGCAGUCACUACGAAGGAUGGUAAUCUGCCUAAUGGUGGUAACCUUUACUCUAACCACGUUAGGUUUGAGCCAGUAGUCACUACGAAGGAUGGUACUCUGCCUAAUGGUGGUAACCUUUACUCGUAAGCUAGCUCUUGCUUGCACCACUGUCAUAUUGUCUGCACUAUUUUAUGUUUCAUCUCCCUGAAAGUUUGUUACCUUCUGGACUUGUUCCCUGAAUGUUGGGUAUGCUAGCCUUCCCUCCGUGCCGCUAUGUUGAGGGGAAGUUUGUUUCUGUACAUAAUGAGGAGAGUUUUAAUGGAGGGAAUUGGGACUGGUGUGUGUGUGCUGUUCCAAAGCACAGCCUGCUCCUGGCAGUUCAACCAUCAUCAUCAAAUAAAAUUUAUAUCUUGCAAA